UCACGUGGAGUCAUGGGGGUUACACGUGUAACCACACGUGCGAGUUUGCUUCAUAAUACUCUUAUGAGGAUUAAAGACAUAAAUAAGUUUUAUUAGUUCUUUUAUAUAAUGACCCAGCUAUAUAUAUAAAACAGGGUAUAAAACUAAGUAUUGUGAUCAAUCAAUCAAAUCUUUCUUCAUUGGAUCUGAAGCUGAAGCAGUUUCCAGGAAAAAUGGAAAACCUUGAAAGUAAAGGUACCCUUUUCUCUUUAUUAAAGUUGUACUUAUUAUAAUAUGCUUGGAUUAAUAACUAACAUAUUAUUAAUAUAAUACAAUACAGUUUAAUAUAAAUAAAAUCCUCAGCACUUCGAACAGCAACAAUGGGUCAAUCUUGUUUCUUCAAAGUUCUCCUUGUCUCCUCUCUUAUACUACUUAUAUUAUUCUCCACUGCCAUGGGGAGAAACUUGCGAACUACAAAGUUGUCAGGAGUUCACAGCACUGCUGAGCUAUUUCCUUCCCAGGAUGGCAUUGUGCGGAAUAUGAUUGAGCUGAUGGACUACAAGCCGCCGGAGUCCAACACCAAUUGGAGUGGUUUCGUCGCCACUCCUCCUCCCCAAUCACCUCCACUUCCAUAGUUUGUACAAACAAAGAAAAAAAAAACUUUUUUCAGGUUUACUUUUGGCAAGCAAAGAAAAAAACUAUUUUCAGGUUCAGAUUUCAAAAACCAAAGUUUGAUGUUUUGAGUAUUUUGGCAAUAAAUAACAUUACGUAAUAUUUUAAGCUUUACUCUCUCAGAUUGUGGAAAUUAUGAGUUCAAAGUGUAACAUAAAUUGGUUGGUGGACGCAUGAAGAACACCAGUCUAAUUGAAAAUAUAUAUAUCGGCAAUAUCAACUGUUGUUCUCUUAAUUACUUUUUGCACUUGCAAUAUUUGUCAUCGUUUCAAGAUUUAUAUACCGUUUAAGUAACAACCACUUCAGACACAUGAAUACAUGAUGUUGGUGGUCGAGGCAUCGUUUCCCGUUGGAAAAAGAAAUAGGCUUUGCGGGCUGGAUCCGGGUUGGAGUUUCGAUCACGGGUUGUUGUGAAUCCAAGUCGGAUACUGUAGUAGCUGCAGUAGUUAUUACAUCCAUGACUUCAAAAUAUAAUCUUACUAUCGUUUAGUGCUAUUUCUCAACUAUAGUAACUUGUAACUAUUUCACUAUUUACGAUGAGUGUGAUUGGUAAUAUUUGUAGUAAAAUGGUGAAAUAUAGAAAAGUGGAAAUGAAAGUAAAUGACAAACAGUAAAUUUGUCCCCAAAAAAAGAAAGAUAAACAGUAAAUAGAGUUAAACGUAAAAAGUACAAUUUUAUCGGAUUGGUAACAAAUCAGCGCAAAUUGGAAUAAUUAACUUUUCAACAAAAAUUGUUGCGUUAGUAUCGUACAAUCACAACAUAUAAAUCUAUUGUUUUGUGUCACUACUAGUAAAAAAAAAAAAGAAGACUUAUCAGCCUUUGAAGAUUAGGGUUUAAGCAGUACUUGCCCAACACUUGAAUUCAUCAAACUUUUAACAACAUAUUUUUUCCUACUAUUAUAUUUAUAGUACAGAAUCAAUUUUUUUAACUAAUUCAACUCCAUUAAUAAUUCGAAAGAUAAUUUUAUGAAGUCAGUUGUAUAACAAUAUUUGCUAAUAUUAUCACGAACAUUUUGACUAUAAUCAAUCAUAAUUUACUAAAAUUAAUCGUUAAUACAAAAUCUCACAUUUAAAAAUUAAUAUUUUAUCAAUUUUUACUUAUAUUUUUAUUAGUUUUUACUUAAA